AUGGAUUACAAAAGCGAACAGUUGGCAGAAAAGGAGAGCUUGUCACUUUUGUACGAAUGUACCAAUGAAUUUAUUUGCGUGGAUGAAAAGAAUUUUAAAAUCCUGAUUGAAAAUAAAGCCAAAAAAAUUUCCUUCUACUUGCUGUUUGAGUACACGGAGCGGUACCCGGACGAGGCCCCCCUAUGGAAGAUCGUCGAAGGCAAAAAUAUCACCAACAGGCUGCGCGAAAAUGUGGAGCAGCAAAUCCGAGAGACGGUGGAAAAUAAUUUGGGCUACAGCAUGAUAUAUAACAUUGUGGAGAAUAUAAGAUCCUACCUGUCCGAAGACAUCGAAGAAAAAUCCAUGUACGAUGAAAUGCUGGAGAGGAAACCCAAGGAGGGGGAAGAAAUGAAUGAUGAAGACUCCGAUGACAAAAUGGGCGAGGACGAUUACGAAAACGUUUUGGAGUUGAAGGAGCUGUGUGAAGAACGGUACCGAGUAACCGAGGAGGAAUUCGACGCGUGGCGCAAGGAGUUUUACAAAAACAUUUUCGCAGGAAUAAAAACUAUCAACAUGUCGGAUAACCCCACAGGGAGGGAGCUCUUUGAGAAGGGAAAAGUUAACUUGGCCGAUGCGGAAUUUGAGGAGGGGGAGGCCAAGUGGUGCAACGAAGAAUUAUUUUGCGACCUUGACUUGGACAUGUGAUCAUGAGCAUGCGGAUACGUUAGCGCACGUCCCGAGGGAGGGAAUAUACAAGCUUACCAGCCCUACACAGUUACCCUGUUCACGUUUCAAUUUCUGCGAAUCCCCCCACGUGACAGCUUUUUCCCCUUUUUGUUCCUACGCCCAUUCGGAUGAGCAUCCCUUUUUAACAGCCAAUUCGAUAGGCCCAUGUUUCAUCAACACGCACGUUUUUAUCCUUUAACUGUUUUGCCUCUUCCAUUUUGCCGCUUCCCUUUUGGCG